CAACAAGAUUGGAGACUGACACGGAGAGAAACAAAAGAGAGGGAGCCAGGAGACAAAGUCAAAGAAGGACAGAGCAGAAAGCAGGAGCAAGAGGGUUGAAUUUGAAAUAGAGGAGAGAAAAUGGGAACAGAAAAGAUAAGAAAGUUAAAGACUGAUAGAACUAUUGUCAUGGGUGUGGCCACUUAAAGCAGUGAGGCACGACAGCAGAGACAAAAGCAACUUUUGUCUGGUGGUUUGAGGGGGAGGGUGACAGACUUAGGAAGACGGAUGGGGGGUCUGAGGUAAAGGGGUCAAUAGAAAGACAGAGAAAGACACUAAGUGGGAGCUUGUUCAAGUAGAGAAGGCCAGAGAACUCACUCAUGAGGCAGAGGCAACGGUAUGGAUAGAUAGAAGCUGGCAGGCAUAGUAGCAUAUCAAGGGGGAGAGGGGACAGAGAGGGCCAGGCUGACUCACAUCCCCUGCAGUCGGCAUGGGGAUAAAGGGCAAGGCGGCUUUGGCCAUCGUGGUUCUACUGUUAUUCCUUGGUUCCAUGUGGCUCCGUGAGUAACAUAUUUGUCUCAAGCUAACACUGAGGGGAGGCUGUGUGUGUGUUUUAGAGAAUGUGUGUGACUGUGACUCGAGCUAGCAGCAUGUGACUGUCUGUGAGUGGCUGAGCAUGUGGCCUGUACAGUAAACAUUCCAUGUGUUAGCCAUAUAGUGUAGCUUUAUUGAUUUACACAUGCCUCAGUUGCUUGGGAUAUAUAGAAUAAUUUCACAUGGUGUCUGCUGACCUAGGAAUCUAUAGAAGUUUUGUUUUCCUCUUGUGGUGGUUAGGCUGCUGUCCAGGGCUGGCCCUAGCCUUUUGGGAGCCCUAAGCGAGAUUUGGUUGCGGGGCACCCCACCUCACGAGCAGAACAUUUGCGUGGCCCCCCUAACAUUUGAGGGGCCCCCCUCUUGACUGCGGAGAUACACUUUUUUUUUUUUUUUAUACAUUUCCUGCAAUACUACACAUUUUGUCAUGGGGAGUAGAGAAAAUGUUGCAGUUUUAAAUCAGGUUUACAGCAAUUCUACACAUUAUGCCAUGGGGUGAGAAGUAUUUAGCAAUGUUAUUUAGAUCAAUAGGGUGGCCUAUUGUCAUGCAUCUCCCAUGAUCACAGAUGUCUGUCUCAUGAUAUGAGAUGGAAUGCAUGAGUGAUCUAAUAAGCCUUUAUUACUCCCAUUGGGUGCACCUUGCCCCUGAGGUCAUGACCGUGUGUGACAGCUUGGUAGAAUGUUCAGAAAGACAGUCUUUUAUCUUCAUGAUUAUAAAUGAUGUCUGUCUAACAGAGCCAAGUGAGGUUUUGUCGCUAUUCUGAAGGAUUACAUGUUUUGGUUGCACUUUAUUUUACAGUAAAAAAAAAUACCAGGUAUUGACUUAGAAAUGACAUGAUUAAUGGUCAUUAUCGUGUAAUAACCUAUACAUGUACAUUACAUUUGAUUCUUUGGGAUUCAAAACAUGUACAAGUUGGCACCAUUUGGUACUAGUUAGUUAUAAAUACCAAGUACAUACCAGUGGAAACAGUACUGUAGAAUAAAGUGCUACUAAUGUUUCUAUGAUUGCAUUCUUUAGCAGACCAUAGCUACCUCUCCUCCCACUCUAUUGACAUAGAGAUGAGUAAACACAUUUCCCCCUGAUCUUUGAAAACAUUGUAUCUUAAUCUUAGCAGUCUUCUUUCUCUUUACAGAAGGAAGUUUGGAUUACCACUGGGACACUUGUCUUAAAGGUUACAAUCAGAUAAACAGGGUAAGUCAACAAGAGAUGGAACUAUGGUAAAAUACAAUUACAACCUUAUUCUUAACCUAUUUGCACAGCUGGAUUUUAUUGGAAUGAACUUAAUAGGGACCACCAAAUGUACUCAUAUUAACCUCUCCUCUCCCUUUCCCACUGCUCUUCCCCCCCUCCCCAUGCCCAGCCUCAACAUCUGUCCAAUGGCAGUGAGGCUGAUAGUGAUGAGGAUGGGGCCAUACUGGGGGUGUGUCCCGGUCAGAAGUUCCAGGUGUCGGAGCUGCUGUCUCACCUGCUGGCCACGCCGGCACCCACCAAUGACGUGCUGCUGCAGCCUUAUCUGGCCAGCUGGGACGAGCUCAUCAAGUAAGCCCAUCAGGCAGGACACACAGACACAGAGACCAGACUUCAGCCAGUCAGUACACUCACUGGCUGAAUAAAAGGGACAUUCACAUCUGCUUGGAUGAACCAGGGUGAAUGAACUCAAAACAGAGUGGUGGAUUAUUUGGGCUCUGUGUGGUUGCUGAUUGUUUCUCUCCUCCUCCUGCUCCUCCAUCUGUGACAGGUUCCUGGAGGCUCUUGGUCCGAUGGUUGGACUCAUAUCUCAGGAGAUUGAAACCAAAACUUCCAUCAUCCGUGACCUGGCCCUGCGGGAGGCAGCUAGCAGCGACGAGGGAGAAGUGGGCCUAGCAUUGGGGUUGGUGUCUGGGACCAGAGCGCAUGGUGGUGGACAGGAGGGGAUGGAGGCCUCAGUGGCAGCGCCAGGCAGUGCCUACCUGUCUUUGCGCUCUAUGAUCCACACUGAGUUGAGCCGGGGCCUGGUGGACUUCCAGCAGACAACAAACUCUGGGUGUCGUACUCUGCUCCGGCUGCACCGGGCUCUGUUGUGGCUGCAGGUCUUCCUGGAGAAGCUGGGGGAGGGGCCUGUGGGCGGCCGGCUGCGGAGCCCCUCGGAUCUCUGCCGUGAGGCCUAUCAGCACACCCUGGCCCACCACCACUCCUGGUUCGUACGCAGGGCAGCGGAGAUAGCCUUCAUCGCCAUGCCUGAGCGGGGCUUCUUCUACAGGCUGGUGUGUGUGACGAACCAGGAAGAGGCCAGCGUGGUGCUGAACAGGGUGGUCCGGGCCAUCGGAGAGGUGUAUGACAGAACUCAGGGGGUCCUGGAGGAGCAUGGCAUGCUGGACCUGCCGUAGGAAAGGAGCGGGGGGGGGG